AUGGUACGUCACAAGAAAGAUGGUUCGUCUGCAAAAGCGAGAAAAUAUUCUACGAAUCCACGCCAUACCAGUCGUUCACAAAGAGAUGGCGACGGCGAGGAGGGCGUGGCCGAACGGCCACCUUUCAAAGCAGCAUGCUGGGACUUUGGGCAUUGCGAUUCUAAGCGAUGUAGCGGUAAGCGACUGAUGCAUUUCGGAAUGAUGCGAGAGCUACCCAUCGGCCAGAAGCACCCUGGAGUUGUGAUCUCGCCGAAUGCGAAGACGAUAGUGUCACCUGCAGAUCGCGAACUGCUAGAGCAGUAUGGUGCCGCAGUUGUGGAAUGCUCGUGGGUAAGGGUCCAGGAAAUACCAUGGUCGCGCAUUGGGGGAAAAUGUGAACGACUACUCCCUUAUCUGGUGGCCGCCAAUCCUGUCAACUAUGGAAAACCGUGGCGACUCAACUGUGUGGAAGCCCUUGCCGCGUGUUUUGCUAUCUGCGGACACCUUGACUGGGCCGAGAUCGCGUUGCAGCAUUUCCCAUAUGGAGGGCCAUUUCUUGAGAUUAAUUCCCAGCUUCUCAAACGCUACGCCGCAUGCGAAAACGAGGAGGAGGUGAAAAAGGCCGAGGAAGGCUGGCUCGCUAAGCUUGAGAAGGAGUACUCAGACAGUAGGCUCACCAAAGGUGCAGCCGGCGGAGAUGAUGAUUGGGCUGGAGGCAACAUGAAUAGGAUGGAGCGAUCUCAGGACUCUGACGAUGAUGGCUCAGCAGACGGGUCUGACGACGAUGGCUCCGGCCCUGGUCCCCAAGGUGUGAUGUUGGACUUGCCUCCAGACGAGGACGACGAGGACGAAGAGGCAGAGAUGGCAGAAAUCAGGAAGAAGAUUCUCAACUCACGGCCUUUCGCCGACACUGUCUCAAAUACAUCACAGGAGAAAAGCCAACCGCCGACGAAACGCCAAACACAGGCUCCUGAAGUCCACCAGGCCAACGAACCACCACUGGUGGACUCCGACGCUGAGUCUGGCUCGGCCGAAGAGGACUACGAUGAUUUCGACCAGAUCGCAAAUGCAACACCGGUCACCGAUCGCACGGGAAUCGUCGCCCGAGAGAGGCAGAAAAAGCUAGAGCAAUCAAGUGCAUCAUUCUCACGGACUGAGCUCCCUGCUCCGCGGAAGUGGUGA